CUCUAUGUUUUGAACUCUAUGGUUUGAAUUCAACAAAAUGGUGAACUUCGUUGAUGGUUGAUCGUAUAUUCAUGUUGAUUUUAGCAUUUUCUUAUCCAUUCAAUUCCAUUCCUAACAAACAAAGUUUACUUUCUGGAGAACUAUUGUUGAAGGGCUCAACUUUGAUUACCAUUGAGCACAGUAUUUAAAAUGCAAAGAAUUCCUUAUUUAUUUGAUCCUAAAUUGAUUCCAAGGGUUCAAAAGUACUUGGAGGCAAAUGUCGACAAAACAUAUGUUGACAUUGGUUUAAUGGCAGAUGAACUGCAGAAUACAUAUAGAGAAUAUUCAAGGCGAAAACGUAACGCAUUUCGAACUUCUGUUAAAAAAGCGUAUUCCAUUGUUCUCAGAAGUUAUGGUCUUGAUGAUCAGAACGACUCUACCAGUGAAGAAGAUGUUGAUGAAGCUGAGAGUGAACAUUCAAAAGAAGAUCGUUCCAAUGACAAUUUAAUGAACAAUCAACUGGUGGAAAUGUACACAAGAUCAAAUCCAAGUAUCCCCAAGAUGAAUGAAAAUGAAUUGAUUGAUAUAAGUAGUGAUGAUUCGAAGGAAGAAACUCAACUUCUGGAUAAAUCUAGUAAUGGACCAUCCACGUCUAUCAAACUUGCAAGGACAGACCACUCGAAUAAUUCAUCCAAUAACUUCCAAGAAAAGUGUGAGAAGAUAACAGUUAUACAAGGAAAAAAACGUAAAAUUGAUGAUAAGAUUACAGUUCAAGUGAAUAAAAAGAAAAAAACAGAACCUACAGACACAAUACCCACAGAAGUGCCUCAUGUUAAUUUCAAUAAUAUUGUCGGAAUGGAGAGCACAUUACUUAAAAUAAUUCGGAAUACAUUACCCCUAAGGAAUCGCACGCUACGAGAAUAUGCCGGCCCUCUAUGCUCCAAAGGUUAUUUACUACAUGGACCUCCUGGUUGUGGUAAAACUCUUUUGGCCCACGCAAUUGCUGGACAAUUCGGUUAUCCACUCAUAAAAGUUGCUGCUCCAGAACUUGUAGAGGGAAUAUCAGGAAAUAGUGAAAAGUUGAUACGAGAUCUUUUCAAAAAAGCUGUUGCUUCGGCUCCCUGCGUUCUCUUCAUUGACGACAUCGAUGCUAUUACCAACAAUAGAUUGAAUGCUCAAAAAGAUAUGCAGAAAAGGAUUGUUUCUCAAAUCAAUUGUUGCCUGGAUGACCUUGCAACAAAUCCAUUGGCGGACAAAGUAGUAUUGAUUGGCGCAACAACUAAUCCAGAUUCAAUGGAUCCAGCACUGAGGAGGUAUGGAAGAUUUUCGCGUGAAGUUAGGUUAGGUAUACCAAAUGAAGAAAGCCGAAUAGCUAUAUUGAAACUACACAGUUCUCAUUUGAAAUUCGCACCGGAUUUCGAUUGGAACCCUGUUGGUGCAGUAACACCGGGAUAUGUGGGCGCUGAUCUUAGGGAUUUAGUCGAAAGAGCCACAGAAAUUUCCAUUGAUAGAUUUAUUAAACAGCAUCAAAAUCAAAUCUUAAAUCCCCAAAGUUCUGUUGACGAAGAUGAGAAUUUAAAUGGAAGCAUAGAAAAGAAAGAGUCAGAUAAGAGCGAAACUGAAAUAAUUGUGGAUGAUGAUCCAAAGGAAAUUAAUAAGGAGAAAAGUAAUGAUGUGAGUGAAGAGGAAAAUCUUGUUCUGGUUAUUGAAGAUGAGAACAGUAAACAGGAAGAUCAAAACAUUCCUUCUUCAACAGUACCAAAAGAAAUAUCAGAUUCAGAGCCAACUAUUACUACUGUAGAAAUUGAAAAAGAAAAUUGUAUGGUCACCGAACCAUCUGAAAACGAGUCGAGUACAAAUUGGACUCUGGGAGAUUUUAUAGAAAUUGAAACAGCCCUCAAAAAUAAUGAUAUUCCUGAUAAUUUGAAAAAAUAUUUGUUUAUUACAACGGCCGAUUUUCUUGAAGCUGCGAAGGAGAUUCAACCUUCAUGCAUUAGAGAAGGUCUAGCCAGUGUCCCAAAUAUUUGUUGGGACGAUGUAGGUUCUCUGAAGGACAUUAGAUCUGAACUGGUUGUAACUUUAUUGGGAGCUACGAAGUACAAGAAGCUAUAUGAAAAACUCAAACUGAGCAUACCAGCUGGUGUAUUGCUUUGUGGUCCCCCAGGAUGUGGAAAAACCUUGUUGGCUAAAGCUCUCGCCAAUGAGGCUCGAAUCAACUUUAUUUCAGUCAAGGGUCCAGAAUUAUUGAAUAUGUAUGUCGGCGAAAGUGAAAAGGCCGUUAGGAUGUGUUUCGCACGGGCAAAAAAUUCCGCUCCAUGUGUAGUAUUCUUCGACGAAAUAGAUGCGUUGUGCCCAAAGAGAUCAUCUAGUUCACAGAAUGAUGUAUCGUCGAGGAUUGUGAACCAGCUUUUGACCGAGAUGGAUGGUGUGGAAGAUAGAAAAGGAGUAUUUUUAUUAGCGGCAACCAACAGGCCAGAUGUAAUUGAUCCUGCGGUAUUAAGACCAGGACGUUUUGAUAAAAUACUUUAUGUGGGUUUGCCAUCCCCUACAGAUAGAGUUGAAAUCCUUAAGACUAUCACAAGGAAUGGGCCUCUUUUAGGUUCGGACGUUGAUUUAGAGAGUAUUGGAAAAUCGGAAAAGCUCUCUGGAUACACUGGCGCGGAUUUGUCUGGUUUAGUGCAAGAAGCAUCCCGUAUACGUUUCAAAAGAGCUUUUGAAAGUAAUGACCUGGAAAAUUGUGAUGCCGUAUUGACCAGCCAAGACUUUGAGAAAGCAAUUUCUAAAAUUAAACCAUCAGUUGCAGAGAAGGAUAUGGAACUUUACGAGGAAAUGAAGCUGUUGUACACACUUACUGCUCAGAAUGAAAUCAACGAGCAGAUGGAUUUAUCUUGAGGGGACCCCAAAGUCCUCAAUUUUUUUAUUUUUAUUUUAAAGUAUUAAAAAAUGUUGAUUAUGUUCGUGUACAAAAAGUAUAAAUAAAUGAAAACAUUAUUUGCA